CGCCCGUGGAAGGCUAAUGUUGUGAGUAAGCCGACUUCUCAUGAAUGCUAGAUGCGUAAUUCUUUCUGUCAGAGAGGAAACAUAAACAUGGGCGUGCGACGGCGCUCGUUCUAUUAGCGGGUCUCUCGCUCUCCGCGACUUCCCUUUGCGGAACUUGACCAGCAGAGCGCGCGCCCCCGAGUUCGCGCUCACGUCGUUCGACCACCGGCGAGACGGCAGAGCGGCGCGAGGACAGCAGAGGUGCGCGAGGGCGAAGCCAGCAGGAGCCCAGCGGUGCCGUCUAACAGCAGCGGAACCCGGUGGCGAACGGACAGAUUUACACCGUUUACAGUCACUUGGAGUUGUUUUUCUGCUCUAAGUAAUCAUGUAUCGCGGCUGUUAUUCCUCGGAAAACGGCCGCAUCGGCGUUUAGAUGCGGUUAAUUUAAAUUUUUAAGUGGCUCGAGUCGUGCGUGUUUGUUUUGUGACUUCGCCACCGUGUCAAGAUGAAGUUCAACGGCUACCUGAAACUGCGGAUCGGCGAGGCGGUGGACCUCAAGCCGACCACUUUCGCCCUGCGCCACUCGGUCAUUUUCAACAAGACGCUGCCUGCCUUGGACCCCUACAUCGUGGUCAAGGUGGACGAGUGCAAAAUUGGACAGACGCACACGAAGCAGAAGACGAACACGCCGACGUACAACGAGGAGUUCAGCCUCAACGUGAACGACGGUAAGAAGAUGGAACUCGCCGUGUUCCACGACGCGCCCAUCGGCUACGACGACUUCGUGGCCAACUGCACGAUCCAGUUCGAGGACCUGAGGAGCCCCGGCAUGGAGGAGACCUUCGAGGGAUGGGUUGACCUGGAACCAGAGGGCAAGGUGUACAUCGUCAUCUCUCUCACUGGCUCCUUUGUUGAUGAUGAUGCCACAGGAAAUACAAAGCAGUACCGACAGUUCACACGGAAGCGCCAAGGUGCUGUGCGUCGACGGAUCCACCAGGUCAACGGACACAAGUUCAUGUCCACCUUCUUACGGCAGCCCACCUUCUGCUGCCACUGCAGAGAAUUCAUCUGGGGUGUUUUUGGGAAACAGGGAUACCAAUGCCAAGUUUGCACUUGCGUGGUCCACAAACGAUGUCACCAGUUGGUUGUUACUACCUGCCCCCGCAUGAAAAAGCCCGCCAAAGAGGAGACUACCAACCAAGGCUUCAGUAUCAACGUCCCCCACAAGUUCAAUAUCCACAACUACAAGGUGCCUACAUUCUGUGACCACUGUGGCUCCCUGCUCUGGGGUAUUGUCAAACAGGGUCUGCACUGCAAAAUCUGCAAGAUGAACGUACACAUCCGCUGCAAGGGAAAUGUGGCACCCAGCUGUGGGGUGAAUAAUGUGGAGCUGGCAAACCGGCUGGCAGAAAUGGGGUUGCAGGCAGGGGGACUGUCCAAGCGCAACUCCCUGAAUCCAUCCGGCGAGGCACAUCAGCGAAGCUUAAGUGUGCGGCAUGAAGAUCAAUCAGAGGCUCCAGAGCAGCAGACCCGACGUCUGGGCAUCUCUGACUUCACCUUCCUACAAGUGCUAGGGAAGGGUAGCUUUGGCAAGGUGAUGUUGGCGCGGAUGAAUGACGCUGAGCGGGUGUUUGCUGUGAAGGUGCUGAAGAAGGACAUCAUCUUGCAGGAUGACGAUGUAGAGUGCACCAUGACAGAGAAGCGGGUUCUGUCCCUUGCUCACAGACACCCUUACCUCACGCAGCUGUACUGUUGCUUCCAGACCCCGGACCGCCUUUUCUUUGUAAUGGAGUUUGUCAAUGGGGGGGACCUCAUGUUUCACAUCCAGAAGUCACGAAAGUUUGAGGAGGGACGGGCGCGCUUCUAUGCUGCAGAGAUCACUUCUGCCCUCAUGUUCCUGCAUGGCAAUGGCAUCAUCUACAGGGACCUGAAGCUGGACAACGUGCUGUUGGAUAAGGAUGGCCACUGUAAGCUGGCUGACUUUGGCAUGUGCAAGGAGGGCAUGUUUGAGGGCAUGGCCACUGGGACCUUCUGUGGGACACCCGAUUACAUCGCCCCAGAGAUUCUACAGGAGAUGCUGUAUGGGCCAUCAGUGGACUGGUGGGCACUGGGUGUACUCCUCUACGAGAUGCUCUCAGGCCAUGCCCCUUUCGAGGCUGAGAAUGAGGAUGACCUUUUUGAGUCCAUCCUCAACGAGGAGAUUGUUUACGCAUCUUGGCUGAGCAGCGACGCUGUCGACAUCCUGAAAGCUUUUUUGACCAAAAACCCUGCACGACGAUUGGGCUGUGUGGAAACAGAUGGCAAAGAGGCAGCCAUCACCAGCCACCCCUUCUUCUCCACCAUUGACUGGGAGCGGUUAAACCACCGAGAACUAGAGCCACCCUUCAAGCCCAGGAUUAAAACUGCAGAAGAUGUGAACAACUUUGAUCCGGACUUUACACGUGAAGAGCCAACCCUGACACCCAUCGACGAACCUCUCAUCUCCUCUGUCAACCAAGAUGAGUUUCGGAACUUCUCUUUCACAUCCCCUGAGCUGCUGGAGGAAUAGAGCUCUGAACAGCAUGGUCUCUCCCUUCCGCUCUCUGAGUUUCUUCUUAGUUCCUUCUCUAUUUUUGCCUUCCUCUUCAUCCACUUUGCUUAUCUCCCUUGGCAAGAAAUGCCCACUCUCUCCUGUUGGUGUCCCCAUGAGUCACGGCACAGUGAAGCACCAUGCUGGUCAGAGAUGGAGUGUGCUUUUAUUUCUCAGAGCUCAUCCCCGGGACUACUGGUGCUCACCACCUAUGGGGUUGAUGCAUGGCAGAUAAGAUUGCAGUAUCCCAUCAUCAGCACGUCUGAAUUGCCACUGACAAGGAGGAUGGGCAUAUGGGCCACCUGAAUAGAGAUGCAGGAGAUUUCUCAGACCAACAAAGGCUUCCCCCAUGACCCCUUUUAUUGAAUUCUUCUUCAUGCUGUAUUCUUUUCAAGAGUCCUAAUCUCAGUCUUCCCUGUCUGCCUUGAAGUCCCACUUUUGCACCCUUGUUGUUUGAACUUGCCCUGCCUGCAUCUCCAUGAAAUAAAUGUGAUACUGCCACUACAGGACAGACAUGGAGGCAAGCACAUCCUCAGUGUUUGAGAGGACAAUUUUAAAAGUUUUAACCAUGUCGCCUGGCUCCACACUCACCAGACAGAUGGUGGUGGUGACAGCCCCACUGUCUUUUGUGUGCCCUCAGAGACCAAUGCCGCCUGUAAUGUCCAGCUCUCUUUUAAGACCCUGAUUGCCAAGGUGAAUGAAAGCAGGAACCAGAAAGGAAAUGUCAAAAUUAAAAUGCAAAGAUGUGGGGUUUUCACACCUAUUUGUAGUGGUGGGGAUGUUUCUGAAAUUUAGCAAAAGGACUGCAGAUUGUGUAAUUAGCUAAAAUCUGUUCAAGCAGUUUAUCUUGUCCAAUCCUUCAUUUGACCACCACAACAACGUGAUUAUAAAUACACAUUUAGUAUAUAUAUUUACAGUCUUUAUUUUUUUACAUUUUUGUUUUUCAGGGAUAACUUCAGGAAUGUCAUUUUAUAAACGUAAAACAAUGUGCCACCAUUAAGUUUCUGGGUUCAAGUAAAUUGUCUAACAUACAGAAAUGUGUAUUUUUUUAAUUAUUUGUGAACAAAGCACUUUGAGCAAAGAACUCAGUGAAGGUAACACUUGUUCGACAGGAUUGAUGUACAUUUAUCGCUGUGUGUCCGUGGAAACAGUUUAACAGGCUUCAUUAUGGCUGGAAAUGGUACUAACUAAACUGCAGAUAUGUGAUCUCUAUGUGUGGGAGAUAAAGAAAAAACCUCUUCUGUGGUAUGCAGUCUGCACUGAAUAAUUUCUUCCUCUGGUACAUUUCUGUUAAUCUCCUUCCCUUUGCUACAUGUUUUCCAGUACUGUAUUUUGUUUGCUGUAGUUCAGUGCCAAACUGAAACUUUGCUAAAUACUGUUCCAUGAUCUAUAUCGUCAUGGAAUGCCUCCCGCAUGCUUUCCAUCCAACAUCUGUUGUCAGAUCAAAUGAGCCUGCGACCACAUUCACUGUUACCCAGUUGUGCAGAAAAAACAUAACGGCAAAUAUCUCAAACUUGCAUUAAAAACGUAAUAAAUUAAAUUUGGUUUCUAUUUAUUCAUGUUCAACAAUUAGACUGCGGAGCAGCACAGUACCAUUUCAGUUCAGUUGGUGACUUUGAAUUACCUCUGCUGUAUUUUUAUGAGUUGAAUGAGUGUAAAUGAUUGACCUGGAAUGGCCUGAUGUUCCUUCCACGGUGCACACUGCCUCAUGCCCUUUUCUUCCAUCAUAGGCUUUGGACCACUAUGACCCCUGCAUUGGAGAAACAGCUGUUGAUGGUGGAAUUAUUGUUGGAAGAGUGAUUGCAAUGUACAUUUCAAACAAUUCAGAGAUCUGUAUUUCUCUGAAUUUGUCUCUUUGUGAGGGUAUUAUCAUGUUUUUAGUUUUUCAGCACUUGUAUUAUGAGCUGUUUUACCCAAAGAUGGCUGGUAAUUAAAUAGUAUGUGAAUUUCACCAGCAUAUAUGAAGUCUUGUUAUCCUGAAAUAUCAUUUGGACAGCAACUAUUGGCCAUGUUACACAGUUUUGGUUGUUGGGGUUACAUUUUUAAAAUACCUAUUAACUAUUAUCCUGAACUGCACUGGUUCUGAGCCCAGUUCCACUGAUGCAGCAUAGCGUACCACUAGAC